CUCAUUAUUAACAAAUCAUCGUGCCCUCGAAUGAGUCGAGGUGGGAGCAGGGCAACGUGAAAAAGGAGGCAAUGUCGGGGCGGUAUCGACCAUUAACGCCCAACGGCGACACGCUGCCGUUUGUUUCGCCGUCGUCGUCGUCGGCGAACGUGCAGCCACCGCGGACGUGGCUUGGCGAAGAGGGCGACCGCAAUGUCAGCUACGCCUAUGGGGGCACUGCACAUGCGGCGCCGUCUGCGCCCGAAGACCAGUAUGCGUUCAGCACGACUCUCCGCAGAGCCACGCUGGAGGAGCCGCUGUACCCGCCAGCUGCACCACUGCCCUCGUCUUCCUCCUCCUCCUCCUCGCAGUCGACGCCCUCGGCCGUCGCCACGCACCAGGCGAUUGCCGCGCUGCUCGCCUCCAUGUCGCUGCCCGAGAGCCACCUCGCGCACGGGCUGGGCGCCAUGGCCGUCUCGCACCAGCGCCACCUCGCCGGCGGGCCCAACGAGUUUGCCGUCAAGCCGCGCGACUCGCCGUACAAGAAGUUUGCCGAGCAAUUUGGCGAGCCGCUGAUCAUGCUGCUGCUGGGAAGCGCGGCCGUAAGUGCGCUGAUGGGCGAGUGGGACGACGCCAUCAGCAUCGCCCUCGCCGUCGUCGUCGUCAUCACCGUCGGCUUUGUGCAGGAGCAGCGCUCCGAAAAGUCUCUCGAGGCACUCAACAAGCUCGUCCCCCACUACUGCCACCUCCUCCGCGAUGGGCAGCAGACGACCGUCUUGGCAAACGACCUCGUGCCCGGCGAUGUCGUCAAUUUCUCCACCGGCGACCGUGUCCCGGCCGACGUGCGCAUCUGCGAGGCCGUCGGCUUGGAAAUUGACGAGAGCACGCUGACGGGCGAGAUCAAGCCGCGGAGGAAGCACGCCGACGUGGUCGCGGCUUCUUCCGAGUCACGACGCGAAGGGCAAGAUAGAGGAGCGGGAGCAGGAGCAGGAGCUUCUGCAGCCGCUGCUGCAGGCGAAGGUGACAGCACGAGCAUCAACGAGCGCGAAAACAUCGCAUUCAUGGGCACCCUCGUCCGUAGCGGCUACGCGAGGGGCAUCGUCGUGGGCACAGGCGCCCGCACCGAGUUUGGGCUCAUCUUCAGCAUGGUCGAUGAGGUGCAGGAGAAGCGGACGCCGCUGCAGCUCAGCAUGGACGAGUUGGCAAAGAAGCUGAGCCUCAUCAGCUUCGCCAUCAUUGGCGUCAUCUGCUUCAUGGGCAUCCUCCAGAGCAAGCCCUGGCUCGAGAUGUUCACCAUCGGAGUCUCACUUGCCGUCGCUGCCAUCCCCGAGGGCUUGCCCAUCGUCGUGACAGUGACGCUCGCCCUGGGCGUGCUGCGCAUGUCGCAUCAAAAGGCCAUCGUCAAGCGCCUGCCCUCCGUCGAGACUCUUGGCUGCGUAUCGGUCGUGUGCUCCGACAAGACGGGCACCCUGACGGCCAACGAGAUGUCCGUCGUCCGCAUCUUUACCCUCGACGACGGCGAGCUGGACCUCAACAAGAGCGUGCCGCAUGCCCAGAGUCCAUCGCUGGCCAGGUGCCUGCUCGUGGGCAACCUCUGCAACAACUCGCACCGAGACGAAAGAGGAAACAAUGUCGGGCAGCCGACAGACGUGGCCAUGGUCAAUGUGCUGAGGCUCUUUGGGCUUGAAGAUCGAAGACCGUACCUGAAACGAACAAACGAGGUGCCCUUUUCGAGCGAGACAAAGUUCAUGGCCGUCACGGGGACCAUGACGAUGCAGUCCUCCCUCCCCAAGGGAAGCUCGACCAAGGAAGAAACGACGUACGUAAAGGGCGCUUUCGAGGUCAUUCUCGAAAAGUGUUCGACGACUUUCGUGGGCGAAGGGAGACGAGGUACGCCGCUCGACGAGGCAACCCGCAAGCGCAUCGCUUCAUCAGCCGAGACAAUGUCUGCCUAUGGCCUGCGCAUCCUCGCCACCGCCUGUGGAUCCUCUGGUGACUACGAGAGGGGCUCCCUCUCGUUCUGUGGUCUGCAGGCCAUGCAGGACCCGCCCCGACCUGGCGUGCCCGAGGCCAUUACCUCACUCGCGCGUGGUGGCGUCCAGGUCGUCAUGAUCACCGGCGACAGCGAGCACACGGCUGUCGCCAUGGCAAAGCAGCUGGGCAUCCUGAGGAUAGGCGCGACGAGCGGCAGCAGCGUCAUGACGGGCAAGCAGGUGGAUGCGCUGUCGCAGAGGCAGCUGCAGGAGAGGAUCAGGAUGGUCAGCGUCUUUGCCAGGACGACACCGAGGCACAAGAUGGCCAUUGUCGGCGCCUUUCAGGCAAACGGCGACGUCGUGGCCAUGACUGGCGAUGGUGUCAACGAUGCGCCAGCACUCAAGAUGGCCGACAUUGGCAUCUCGAUGGGCAAAGGCGGGACCGACGUCUCCAAGGAGGCCUCCGACGUCAUCCUCGUCGACGACAACUUUGCCACGAUUCUCUCGGCCGUCGAGGAGGGCAAGGGCAUCUUUUACAACAUCCAAAAUUUCCUCACGUUCCAGCUCUCGACGGCCGUCGCUGCACUGACGCUCAUCACGCUCUGUACAGCCUUUGGGCUCAAGCUGCCACUGAACCCGAUGCAGAUCCUGUUCAUCAACAUCCUCAUGGACGGGCCCCCCUCGCAGAGCUUGGGCGUUGACCCCGUGGACAAGAACGUCAUGAGAAGACCACCGCGGAGCAAGGUGGCGCCCAUCAUCACCAAGCGGCUCGUCUUCCGCAUCCUCUUCAGCGCCGCCAUCAUUGUCCUGGGCACCCUCUGGAUCUACGUGCACGAGCUCCAGGAUGGCUUUGCAGACGAGCGCGACCAGACGAUGACGUUCACCUGCUUCGUCUUUCUCGAUCUGACGUCGGCCAUCCAGAAUCGUGGCCUGACGGUGCCAUGGGACGGCAACCGGAUGCUGCUGACAACGGUCUCGCUCAGCCUCCUCACCCAGCUCUCCCUCAUCUACCUGCCCUUUUUGCACGGCAUCUUCCAGACGACGACGCUUGCACUUGGCGAUCUCUUGCUCCUCGUCUUUGUGGCGGCCUUGGCCUUUGGUGCCCACGAGGCCAGGCGGCGCUAUGAGCUCGUUGGCCGCGGCAAGGAGCGCGACGACUGGGAAGAGGGCGUCGUCUGACCGUCUGCACGCAUACAAUAGACUCUUGCCCCUCUAGAGAGAGAGGAAGGAAGAGCAAACAGUAGGCAGAAUUGAAGUCAAAGAUUCAAGCAACAUUGGAUGUAGAGCAAGAUGAGAAAUGCAUUACUACUACCAUUAGCACAA